AUGGGUUUGAAAUUAUCGUCGUUAUGUUCGAAAAACAAGACUAAAAAACAAGGGAAAAAACAUUCUACAAAAACGAAAACAUACAAUGUUCGAAACAAUGAGAAAUCCUUGAAUGCAUCAACACCAUUAAUAAGAAAUGAAGAAUCACAAGAUUUACUGACAACUAGUGAUCGUGUACUCAACGAACCGAUUCAUAUGCAUUCAGAGCUUGAUGAAGAACCAUAUCAACUGUCAUCUUCUUUCGACAGCUAUUCGAAUCAGUAUGAGAAUGGUACGGUUGCAGUAAUUUCACGAGAGCCUAUGAAGCAAUGUCUCAUCAUUCGUAUUUAA